CCUGGAUAUUAUGGACCUAAGGGCUUAGCGAUUAUCUUAAAAAUUUUAACUGAAUUAUUUAUUCGAACUGGAAUACUAACUGUAGAUCUUUGUAUUCCGCAAUCUUCAUCCCAAUACUUAUCUCAAGUUUUGGUUCCUGAAACUGCUAUUAGACUUAUUGCAGAGGAUUAUAAAGGCAUUUCUUUAAAUGAUGCAAAAGAAAUAAUGAUUGAUAGUGUUGAUUUUGGUUUAUAUGUUCAUGAUGAUAAUUGUGAAAAUUAA